ACGGCCCCGCUUACGCGCGAGCUUUACUGAGGAUGUUGCAGCCAAAAAAAGAGCCAAAAUGGAGCAGUUACAAUUGCCAAAUGUAAAUUGAGAGCGCGCUGUGUCAUGUGAGUUUUGUUUACAUCCGCCAGAAGUUCCUCUGCACGUGUAGGGAUAGCGUGGACCCCCAGGCAAUGGCGGCCGUGACCCCCAUUAAACCCUUCAGCCCAGAGGAGACCAGAUGGAUUUUGGAUCAUUUGCAGCAUCCUGCAGUUUUCCUGAACAUGACCCAGGGCUGGCCUGUCCUGCACUGGACUGCACAGCAUCUGUCAGGCUGCCUCCAAGACAGGCUGAUCCGAUUCAGACUCGGAAGGAAAGAGGCAACAAACGCUCCUCUGUUUGAGACUCAGUGUUCGUACAUCGAGGCCACAGUGGCUCAGUUCCUGCGCUGGACUCAGCAUCAGACCGAUGUGGGGUCUUUCUAUGAAUACCCCUGCUCAGAGUACUGGGCUUAUGCUGACUACAAGUACAUCACCACGCUGUUCCACGAUCAGCCUUCCAUGUUUGAGGAUGUAAAGUGGUCUGAGUUUGGCUUUGAGGGACGUAGCGGGAAAGAGAGCACUCUGUGGAUUGGCACAGAAGGGGCUAACACGCCGUGCCAUCUGGAUACCUACGGCUGUAACCUGGUGCUGCAGGUUCAAGGAAGGAAACGCUGGCAUCUGUUCCCCCCUGAGGACACGGCGAAGCUUUACCCGACCCGGAUCCCCUACGAGGAGUCCAGCGUCUUCAGCCAGGUCCAAGUUCUCCGUCCAGACCCGAGGAAGUUCCCGCAGUUCCAGGGGGCCAGAACCCACACGGUGACUCUGGAGCCCGGGCAGGUGCUUUAUGUCCCCAGGCACUGGUGGCACUAUGUGGAGUCAAUAGAUCCCAUCACCGUCAGCGUCAACUCCUGGAUUGAGCUGGAAGUGGACGACGCAGCUCGAGUCAGCGAAGCCGUAACCAGGGCGGUUGUGUGUGCGAUGAAAAGUGCGCCGAGUGACGACAACGCUGACGCCUGGCUGAACCCCACCGAGGAAGAAAAGACUUCCCAUGAAGAAAACAUGCAGUACCUUAACCUGGCAGUUUCUGCUCAGAGAACGACGGGCCUCUUCCACAAGAAGCCUGGCCCAGACCCGAGGGCCACUCAGCCUGCCAAACGGGGCUCAUGUGGGCGACUAAAGCUCAGAGGAGACGGGGUCCGACUCCCGUUCGGGGAACAUCUCAUCCCUGUAAAGUGUCAGGAAGACGAACCGGAGAAAACGGUUCCGGACUCAUCCGGUGACGCUGCCGUCUCUCCUGGGGACGACGGUUCUGCUGGGAAAACACACACAUGUGGUGCUGAUUUAACUCGAUUUAGCUCAUGCGAUUUAACGGCGGACCACGGGAAUAAUCAGGGACCUUCGCUGAUUACUACUAACGACCUGUUAGACUGUCUGGUCCAUCCUGACAUUAUCAGCCGUGUGACAGAGCUUCUCCUGGAACGACACGGAGGCGGCCAUCUUUAAUCUUCGAUCCUCACCUGCCGCAGAUGGGAGACGCUCGGCGACGAACAUGGAUCUCCAGCAGCAAACUGCUCACUUCCUGCUGUUAUGUGACACCUUUCAUUUGUCCCCUCAUUCUGGGAUCCUCGCGCUGCGGACUCCAAAUUUGAGUAAACGCAAUUAUGUGGUGAGUCAUGCCAGCGAGUGGCUCUGACAUUUCCUCCCUGUGUCAUCCAGAACAUGCUAAUCUGGUUUAGCUGCCCCGGCAGAGGAAAAAUGAGCACCUCGAUCAAGUUAGCAUGUUAAUGCAACAAAUAAUUCAGAAUAAUAUUCCUCUGAUGGAAGCAUUUGUUCUCUCUGUGAUGCUUUGUUGUCAUUUAGUGACAAAAGAAAUUGGGCCUGAACCUCCAUGACUUCCUGAUAGUAAUGGUUUCAGGAUGCAUGAGAGCUGAAUGUGGGGUUAGUGACUGAACCCGACCAAAAUGUUUCAGACUUCUGCAUUAAAGGUGCAUCAUUCUUCUUAUUUAAUUGAAUUUACUUGUUCGUUGCAUAAAAGUCCAUUUCUGUAAACUAGAAUGUCAUUGAAAAGUUCAGAUAUUACAUCAGAACAAUAAUAAAGAAAAGAGUUUCUAAAACAGAAAUGUUGUGUUAUGGUUUACAUCGUUGUCGAAACCUUUCACAAGAACAAGUUGGCUCUUCAUAAAAAUCUGUAUCCACUCAUAUGUGGAAAGUUUAGCGGAAGGAAAAGCUGAAAGGUACAUUUUAUAGCACUUCAGCUUCCCUCUGCUGGCAAGCUUAGGAAAAUACAGAUUGAAAUGUUUAAUACAAGUAGGCAAAAAAUAAAGACCAAUUCCUGCCCUAAUAACCAUGGUGUCACUGUGAUUGAUUGGCCAGCAAAUGUAACGGACCUAAUAAACUAGGUGUGUUUCAAGAGUAAGAUGAGAAACUAAAGGCCACUGCUGAAGCAGCCUGGGCUUCUUUUAAACCUCCAUGGCACGCUACACUGAUGCAGUAAUUUGUGUAAAAGGAAUCUCAUGAAAAGCGUUGAGUGUACAUAAUGUGUCGUUCAGGGGAAUACCCUUCACUAGGUUGACUUUUUGUUUUAAAAUUUCUUAUUUUGGCUCUUUUAUACAAUUCUACGUUUUUCAGAAACUCAAUGUUGGGUUUUCAUUGGUUGUAAGCUACAAUUACACAGAAAUAAACUCUUGAAAUAUA